UUGUAGAAUUAAGUCAGUGUGCUCUGACUACCAGGUAUUUCAGUUUAUUUAAAACUUUAAGAAUUUGUACUGUGAAAGAAAGCUGACUCUUCGGGGGCUAUCCUGAAUUGAUAGAGCUUUCGAGUUGGGUGUUAAGAAAAACCGGCGUUCAUCUCGUCACGGUCCCGCGCGCGCCCAAGAGGUUUCGGGAAAUAGCCAGCUUGUGGUGGAGAGCGGGCGGUAAAAGGCGGAAUAUCAAGACUUUUGACUCUUUCAUCGACAUUUUGCAGUGUGUGGAUGUGCUGCCAUUCACCUUUCGUGGCUAUCGCACAAUGGAUGUCCGUUCCGUCUGCUUAAUUGCUUCAACCCAUGCCCAUUGUAGCAGUAUUAGUCUAUUCAGAGGAUAGCAAUAGCCCCCUCACUCCGCCCUCUCCCUUAACUUGGCACGUCAGUUUAGUGCAGAACGGAGGUAAUACCCUCUCCAGGUCUCUGAGUUGAGUUGCUGUCAAAGCGAAGGGUGAAGGUAGGUCUGAGGCAAAAAAAAAAAAAGUUUAGAAACACUAGUACCUCAGUUCUCUUAAAUUAUUCCAGAUUGCUGCUUCAUAAAAUUUGCGUGCCAAGUUUGGCAGACAUUCCUCUAAGAUUGUGAAGACAGGAUAGUACCCAUAACUUGAAAACAGCAACAACAACAACAUCAAAAAAAAAAUCACGCACAAUGGUGGCAACAACGUUAGCUUCGACAGUAGACCUACUGCUGCAUUCCACUGUGCUACCUACUGGUGUACAGGUCUCUGACUAUUUAUGGCUGCUGAUAGUAGGAUUCAUCAUAGCUUUUGUCCUGGCCUUCUCUGUGGGUGCCAAUGACGUAGCUAACUCGUUUGGCACUGCCGUGGGCUCAGGGGUAGUCACCCUAAAGCAAGCCUGCAUCCUGGCCACUGUCUUUGAGACUGUUGGCUCCGUUCUGCUCGGGGCCAAGGUUAGUAAGACAAUCCGUGAUGGCAUUAUCGACGUGGACAUGUACAACACGUCGCAACACGUCCUGAUGGCCGGCUCUGUCAGCGCCAUGGUUGGCUCUGCGGUAUGGCAGUUAGGGGCGUCUUUCCUGAAGCUUCCCAUUUCCGGGACCCACUGUAUUGUGGGAGCCACCAUCGGUUUCUCCCUGGUUGCAAAGGGUUCUAACGGAGUUCACUGGUUGGAACUGCUCAAGAUUGUUGGCUCUUGGUUUCUGUCCCCCGUUCUUUCUGGUAUCAUGUCAGGCGUACUCUUCUAUUUUGUCCGAAUGUGCAUCUUGCAGAAGAAGGAUCCAGUGCCAAACGGGCUUCGAGCUUUGCCUGUCUUCUAUGGUGUGACUAUGGGAAUCAACCUCAUUUCCAUCCUGUUCACGGGAGCAACGAUGUUAGGCUUUGAUGUGUUGGCCUGGUGGGGCAAGAUCCUUAUCUCACUUGGCUUUGCCAUCUUGACGGCUGUGUUCGUCUGGUUCAUCGUCUGCCCACGUCUGAAGAAGAAGAUUGAACGUGAGGUGAAGUCUUCCAGCCCCUCUGAGAGUCCACUCAUGGAGAAGAAGGAGGUGCCUGAGGUGCACUGUCCCAUUCUCAAAACUGUUCCAGAGGAGUCCUCCGCCGCCCUGACCUCCCCUGCCCAGCCGACACCUCCCGCAGAGGAGCGCAAAGUGACCUUUAACAUCGGAGAUUUAGACGACACUGAACCAAAGGACCCCAAGGACUCUGAGACCAACAACGGCACCGGUCCGAAGGCAGCCCAGGUCCAGUUCAGCACUGGGCCGACCCACAUUCCCAGUAACGGUUACAGCCAGUACCACACCGUGCACAAGGACUCAGGCCUCUACAAAGACCUGCUGCACAAACUGCACCUGGCCAAGGUGGGCGACUGCAUGGGCGAGGGGGGCGACAGGCCCAUCCGCCGAAACAACAGCUACACCUCCUACACCAUGGCCAUCAUCGGCAUGCACGGAGACUUCAAGCCCAAGGAGAGCGACUUCCGCGCCUCGGAGGAGGGAGACAAAGACAAGGCCGGGGGGCAGGAGAGGAAACGCGUCCGCAUGGACAGCUACACCAGCUACUGCAACGCCGUGGCCGAGCACGGGGCCCCGGAGGGCCUGGAGGAGGGGGAGGUGACCGUGGAGGUGGAGGAGGAGGACGCGGGGAGCAGCCGUAGCUCCCUGGAGGAGGACGGGCUGGAGGCGGACCGACCGGAGGUGUCCAUGCUCUUCCAGUUCCUCCAGAUCCUCACCGCCUGCUUCGGCUCCUUCGCUCACGGAGGCAACGACGUCAGUAACGCUAUCGGCCCGUUGGUGGGGCUGUGGCUGGUGUACAACACCGGGGAGGUCGCGUCGAAAGCGGCCACGCCCAUCUGGCUGCUGCUGUAUGGAGGAGUGGGCAUCUGCGUCGGUCUCUGGGUCUGGGGUCGUAGGGUCAUUCAGACCAUGGGCAAGGACCUCACGCCCAUCACCCCCUCCAGUGGUUUUAGCAUUGAGCUGGCCUCUGCCGUGACUGUAGUGGUUGCUUCCAACAUCGGCCUUCCUGUUUCCACCACUCACUGUAAGGUCGGUUCGGUGGUAGCGGUAGGCUGGCUGCGUUCCAGGAAGGCUGUGGACUGGCGUCUGUUCAGGAACAUAUUCCUGGCCUGGUUCGUCACCGUGCCCAUCUCUGGCCUCAUCAGCGCCGCCAUUAUGGCCCUGUUCAUCUAUGUCAUCCUGUGAUCGCCCGCCGGGUCUGUGGGCUCGUGGGUGUGAGAGAAAGAACGGCGACAUGCACCCACGAGAGAAAGAGAGAGAGAAAUAGAGAGAGAGAGAGAGAGGGGUGGGGGUAAGCGCUUCCAUUCUCAUCCCGCUGUGCCACAUCACCCUCCCUGAAGGGAGCGUGAGGGGGGGGGGCAGGGGUCUUCAUACCGGAACACCCUGACCUCCACUGACAGUUGUGUGCAUUCUGUCUCUGCACCAUGUCACGUAGGAGGGGAAUGUAUGUUCACUGUUUUUUAUUUCUCCUCUCUCCGGCAAGAACGAAGUGUUGCCAUCAAAAAAAAACCAUAUCUUGUAAAUAGCUAAUCAAAAACACCAACAUGAUUGAUUUUGUUUUUGGUUUUUUUUUCUGAUACUCCAGUAG